CAAAAUGUAAAGAGUGUUUUCAUAAAUGGGGAGAAUUGCAAUUCCAUACCCAAGACUGUUGUCAUCAUCAAACUUAUAUUCGCCUUAAGUCUAUUUAUAGGCUUUACGUAUUCAGAGACAUCAGAUUCCUCAGAGUUAGAUUUUUACAUCACUUUCAAGAGAUAAUACAAUUAAUCAUUAUUGUGAAUAAUCGAUUGCAGUUUUAGAUUGUCUGAGUAAGAAAAAGAAAAGAGCCAGAAAGAAGUAAAUCAGAAGAAAGGGUAACAAAAUUAUCAAUGCCAGAAAUAGAUGAG